AGCUUCCGCUUCACGCUCCCACAAUGCAGUGCGGCUGAGCGCCUUGGAGCCCGCGGGACGCUGUGGGGGAUCCAGGCUGAGGCUGCGGCAGCGCGACGUGGGCUGCGGCGAGCCCGCGGCGUCGGGCGGUGCGGAUGUCGGGCUGGGCGGACGAGCGCGGCGGCGAGGGCGACGGGCGCAUCUACGUGGGGAACCUUCCGAGCGACGUGCGCGAGAAGGACUUGGAGGACCUGUUCUACAAGUACGGCCGCAUCCGCGAUAUCGAGCUCAAGAACCGGCACGGCCUUGUGCCUUUCGCCUUCGUGCGCUUCGAGGACCCCCGAGAUGCUGAGGAUGCAAUUUAUGGAAGAAAUGGUUAUGAUUAUGGCCAGUGUCGGCUUCGUGUGGAGUUCCCCAGGACUUUUGGAGGUCGGGGUGGGUGGCCCCGAAGUGCAAGGAAUGGGCCUCCUACCAGACGUUCUGAUUUUCGAGUUCUUGUUUCAGGACUUCCUCCAUCAGGCAGCUGGCAAGACCUGAAAGAUCACAUGCGAGAAGCUGGGGACGUCUGUUAUGCAGAUGUACAAAAGGAUGGAAUGGGUAUGGUUGAGUAUCUCAGAAAAGAAGACAUGGAAUAUGCCCUGCGUAAACUGGACGACACCAAAUUCCGCUCUCAUGAGGGAGAAACUUCCUACAUCCGAGUUUACCCUGAGAGAAGCACCAGCUAUGGCUACUCCCGGUCUCGCUCUGGGUCAAGGGGCCGUGACUCUCCGUACCAAAGCAGGGCUUCCCCACACUAUUUCUCUCCUUUCAGACCCUACUGAGGCAGGCGAUGGGAAGUUUUUCUUUAUUUUUUAGAUGAGCUGAGCUGCUUUAUGCUCAGAAUUUACAUUCCAGAUUGAUAACUUAGUCUUAGGAAAUUUUUUAAAUUUUUUAAAGAAAAAAAAAAAAAACAAACAACUACAUAAUUUCUACCAGGGUCACUGUAUUAGCAGUGGAAUGUUAUAAACUGCAGAAAUUGUGGCUUUGGUUCAGAAACAAGUUGUAUAUUUUUCACCCCUGAUUAUGGGGGAAAAAAAAAAUUAGUGCUGCAUUUUUGUGGCUGCUGUGCUCUGGAGAUUAGCAGUUAUAUUACUGAGUCGGCCCAUUUGUUUAGAAAUAUAUUUUUAAACGUUUA